AUGGGGCGUGCAUCCUCCACCUUUGUGUGUCGCUCUCCGGCCCAUGCAGUCCGACAAAUUAAGUCUGCAGCGUCAUGGGGGGAAGCCCUGCACAUCCUCGGUCAGGUGGAUGAGCAGCAUAUCAAUGUCAUCGUGGUCGGAGCGGCAAUUGGAAAAUGUGCAAAGAGCGCAAAGUGGCAAUACGCUCUGGUCCUACUGGCGCAGUUGGAGAAGACCCAACUGCAAAGCGACGCCGUAGCCUGCAGCUCCUGUAUCAGUGCGUGCGCAAAGGCGGAACAAUGGCAGGUGGCCCUGCAGCUUCUCUCACAUGCAGAGUCCUCUCAGGUGGAGGCAGACUCGGUGCUGUAUGGCAGCGCAAUGGCUAGCUGCGCCGCUGCACGAAUCUGGCACCAAGCGCUUGCGCUUUUCUCAAAGUUGCAAGCGCGGUCACUGGAGCCCGGGAGCAUGACGACGUCCUCAGCCUUCAACGCCGUCAUCGGCGCAUGUGUCAGCGCGUCCUCUUGGUCUCAGGCCACAGCUCUGAUCUCGGAUCUGCAGAAUGGACGGCUCACUGCAGAUGUGAGUACCUACAACAACGCAAUCAGCGCUCUUGGCAAUGCUCAUUUAUGGCAGACUGCGGUGCAGAUGUUCAGUGACCUUCAGGUCAUCUCCGUGAGUCCAGAUCGAUACAGCCAUGCGGCAGUGAUCGCCGCUUGUGAUCGAGCAAGUCACUGGCAACGAGCGUGUGGGCUCCUGGCAUCAUGGGAUCAAAGGUCCGGAGAGAAAGAUACCGUGAUUUUCAAUGCCGCCAUCGGUGCAUGUGCUACCUGUGAGCAGUGGCAACAGUCUCUGCAACUGCUUUCAGACAUGAGAUUCAGCAGGUUGCCGCUGUCCAUGGCAACCUUCUUCGGGGUGGUUACCGCUUGUGCUGCAGGAGGGCAUUGGCAGCAUUCCCUGCAGCUGUUGUGCGAGGUGGAGACGACGAAAGCUGCCGGUAACUUGAUGUUGUGGAACCAGGUCCUCCUGGCCUGCCAACGCGGUGCAGCCUGGAGUUGUGCGCUGGCACUUAUGCGCACGCUCGACGAAGCCUAUGGUGCAGGUUCGACAGAUGCCAGGGCAUAUGCUGGAGUUCUCAGCAGCUGCGUACGGAGUGGACUUUGGCAGCGCGGCGCAUCGCUCUUGGCAGACUGCAGAGGCUUUCGGGUCACCUUGGAUCUUACUGCACAUUCAGAAAGCAUCACUGCAUGCCAUCGGGCACAGCAGUGGCAGCUCGCUGUCGAUAUGAUGCAUGCAGUCCAUCAGAAUUCACUUCAGUUCGACGUGAUGUUGUGCAACACGGCAAUCAGCAUUUGUGAAACUGGCCGCCGCUGGAGAGACGCGGUGUAUGUCUUCGAAUCGAUGGAGAAGAUGUCCUUUGACCUAGACGUGGUGACCAUCACGUCUGCCAUGAGUGCAUGUGAAAGAAGUGGUCAGUGGCAGCUUGCCUUGGCCCUUUUCCAAGAGAUCCAGAAAAGACGCCUUGAGCCAAAUGGCUUGACCUGCCGAACGCUCAUCUCGGCAUGUUCUGAGAACACACAAUGGGCACUGCGGCUGCUGCAAGAUAUGGCCAAGCAGGCCAUGGAAGGCGUUGUCAUUACAUUUAAUGAUGCCAUCUCCCAGUUUGGGCAGACUGCGCGCUGGAGGCAAGCUCUGAUGUGUUCCGACACCCUGACAUUCCAUGGUUUGCAGCUCGACGGUGUGACCUACAUCUCUCGUACGAGUGCACUUGCAAGAGCCGAUCGCUGGCAGGAUUGCCUGGAGCAAGUGAAGACACUGACAGACUGUAAGCUGGAGGUAGACUUUGAAACCAAAGCCAGCAACGCGGCUCUCAGCGCGUGUUCUGGACACCUCUGGCCGUACGCGGUGGCUUUGUUUGCGGAGCUGGACCGGCGGCGCCUCUGCAGCGCUAGCUCCUACGCCAGCUUGAUGACACUCUGCGAGCACAGUGGCCAGUGGAAGAUCUCUCUUUCGCUCCUCUCGGUGCUGGCUGAUGCCGAGAGCAGCAGCCUCCAGUUUGACCUUGUCGCCCUCAAUGCUGCGCUUGGCAAUUGCGCUGCUGCACUUGCAUGGCAGGUGGCACUGGACUUGGUCUACCGGCGCUGCUCGCAGAUACCAGGUGAUGUGAACACUUUCAACCAGGUGAUUCGAAGUUUUGAUGGACAUUGGGAGAUGGUGCUCGCAACGUUGGCAGCGAUGGAGGAUCGUGCUUUGAACAAGGACCAUCGCAGCUACGGGCUGGCCAUGAGUUCGCUCAUCUCUGCCAGCACGUGGCCGUGGGCCCUGGAGCUCUUCGGGGAGCUCCGCACCAGGCAGAUGCGUCCAGACAAAGGCAUCUACGACGCGCUGAUCCCCCUGGCCUUGAGGGUGGGUCUGACUGAGUCAGACUAUUCUCACCACAAGUUGCAGCGUUGCAGCUUUCAGAAGUCCCCUGAUGACAGUGAGAACCUGAUUGGCAAACCUCUGUUCCCUCACAUCAGCUACCGCCACAUGAGCGUCAUGGUGAACAUGGGCAAGAAGCCGUUCACGAAGAUGCCCUUCGUCUGCCGAAUGGUCGCUGAUGCUGCGGCAUCCGACAGCAAGGUGGAGACCCCUCCAAAGGAUGGCAAGUGUGAAGUUGUCAUGCCCGUGGCCUUUCCAGACGAAGGCACUUUCGACUGGCUGGACAGCUUCCUGGAAGAGAAGCCUUCCUACACGGAGCUCAGUGACAGGCGGAUCCAGGAGUGGGCGGUGACUUCCGGCCUUCCGCGGCCAAAGGUGGGCCCACAGGCGUCCAAUGACAAGCCAUACUACAUGUAUGGCCUGCCGAGCCUGGACGACAUGAGCACGCAGAAGGUGGUGUCUAUGUUGGCGCCCAUGCAGCCCCGCAAUUACGUCGUUAUGGAGGUCAAGUCCAACCUCAUCAAAGAGGAGAUGGGUGCCAUGCACAAGUUUUCUCCAUGCCCUCAGCAGGAGCGCGCGCAGGUCUUGAAGCGCUUCCCGUCGACACACUUCAAGAAGGUGGCCUACGUUGUGAUGGGGGAGCCUGGCCAGGACUACAAGGCCAGAGUCCGCAACAAAAUCCUGAAGAUCAAGCAGGACAAGGCUGACUCUACCUGGAGAAUCAAGAAGGCGCAGCAAGAGCAGAAGAAGAGAAUGAUCCAGCGACAGAAGGACCUGGAAGCGAAGAAGAAGGAGGCAGAAGAUGCGAAGAAGAAGCUGGAAGAGGAGGCUAACAAAACCGAGCAGGAGGAGGGUGCUGAGAAAAAGGCGGAGGACACCGAAGCAGCGGCUGAGGAGCCCAAGCCGGAUGAGGAGAUGAAGAAGGAGGACGAACCAGCACCGGAGGAGGAGGAAGAUUUGGGAGAUGAGCCACCAAAGGUGGAGCUCACGGAAGAGGAGGAGAACUUGAGUUUCCUUCCGAAGGGGGCUGUCCCCGACUUGACUCCGUCCGUUUUGAGCAAGGCGUUUGCCAACUUCACCAUCCCAGAAAAGGACGAGGGCUUCGAUGAGAUCAAGUUCAUAUGGCAA